CUGAGUGCCAACGUGCUGAUCUUCCUGUGCACCAACAUGAUAGGUAUCUGUACCCACUACCCUGCUGAGGUAUCUCAGAGACAGGCCUUUCAGGAGACCAGGGGGUACAUCCAGGCCCGGCUCUACCUACAGAGAGAGAAUCAGCAACAGGUAGGCUACACACACACACACACAUGCAGGCAUACACUCACACAAGCCAUUACACUUGUUGACCUAAAUAUGUUUUCACAUUUUUGUGGGUCAACAAUAUAGACUAUAUCUGAAUGCCUCUAUACUCUACCAACGUGUUCCCACGCAGUAUUCCAACGAAUGAAUGGCACUCAAGGCAGUGACUCAUUGAGGUUUCUAGCUGUUGAAACACAUGAAAGGGAAUGGGUUGAGUGCUUUUCUCUCACUCCAUCUCUCUCUCUCUCUCUCUCUCUCUCUAUCUCUCUCUCUCUCUCUCUCACUCCAUCUCUCUCUCUCUCUCUCUCUCUCUCUCUCUCUCUCUCUCUCUCUCUCUCUCUCUCUCUCUCUCUCUCUAUAUAUAUAUAUAUAUAUAUAUAUAUCUCUCUAUCUGUCUAUCAUACACAUUCUCCAGGAGCGCCUGUUACUGUCGGUGCUGCCGAGGCACGUUGCCAUGGAGAUGAAGGCAGAUAUCAAUGCCAAGAAGGAAGAUAUGAUGUUCCACAAGAUCUACAUCCAGAAACAUGACAACGUCAGGUAACCAUGGACACACACCCUUUCACUCUGCCGUAACCAUGUACACACACCGACCAUUUCACUCUUUUCCGCAACAAGUGGUGCUGAGGUCAAAAUGUGACACAUAUGUAUUGGCUCAAAUGACAAAACUGUCACAGUUCCUCAAAUCCUCUUAAAGCACAUUAAAGGAAAGGAUCCAAGGUCCCUCCCUGGGACUGCUUCCUCCAAUGAACCUGAGAGGAAUUGAGGAAACAAGGACGGAGGACAUAAGGAUAUGAAAGCCAGUGACGUUUUCAGACACUGCCUUGGGCCCAUAUCCACAAAGUGUCAGAGUAGGAAUGCUGAUCUAGGAUCAGUCAAUGCAAUCUUAUUCAUUAUUAACUAAAAUGCUAAACUGAUCCUAGGUCAGCAAUCCUACUCUGAGAUGCUUUGUGGAAUGGGCCCUGGACUACCUGAUCGAACACCACCAGCCUCUUGACCCAGAUAUUAGUCUAAACUCUAUUCAAUCAGCAUAAAGAUGUGUUGAAUUAAAACUGUGACAUUCCCAAGACAUUCUCUCUCUGUCUGUCUGUCUUCUGUCAUGUUGUUGUUGUUGUUAUUAUUAUUAUUGAGUCAGAACAUUGAUGAAGAGGGCAACAUCGCCAUCUGUCAUCUGUCUACUAGAAGUGUCAACAUUCCAGUUGUUUUUCCUCUUCCUUGUAAUUUUUAUCACAAGUUAGAAAAUGAGAACCGUGCUGAUAUGUCUUCACUUGGGAGGGAGGGAGGACUGAAGGUGACCUAAAUGGGCCCGGACGUAAAGCUGAACAGAAUAAAUGUAUCUCUCUCUAUCUCAACGAGACGUUAGACCAUGCUAAUUAUGGGUUAUUGAUCUAUCUCUCUUCCUCUUCCUCUUCCCCCUCUUUCGUUCUCUCCUUUUCUCCCUCUGUCAUACAAUCUUGCUUACUCUCGCUUUCUCUUUCUCUCUUGCUCUCUCUUUGUUUUUCUUUCUCUCUCUAUCUCUCUAUCCAUCCAACAGUAUACUGUUUGCAGACAUCGAAGGAUUCACCAGCCUGGCAUCACAAUGCACCGCACAAGAGUUGGUCAUGACACUGAAUGAACUUUUCGCUCGCUUCGACAAACUAGCUUCGGUGAGCAGUUAGACAUCAUAUCAUCAGUCACUUCAACCCCAUUCGUGAGAUUGUAAAUAUAGUAUAGAUUUACUCUUUACAUUUUUUUCAUUUUUUUUCUCACCUUUAUUUAACCAGGUAAGCCAGUUGAGAACAAGUUCUCAUUUACAACUGCGACCUGGCCAAGAUAAAGCAAAGCAGUGCGAUUAAAAACACAGAGUUACAUAUGGGGUAAAACAAAACAUAAAGUAAAAAAUACCACAGAAAAUAUAUAUACAGUGUGUGCAAAUGUAGCAAGUUAUGGAGGUAAGGCAAUAAAUAGGCCAUAGUGCAAAAUAAUUACAAUUAGUAUUAACACUGGAAUGGUAGAUGUGCAAGAGAUGAUGUGCAAAUAGAGAUACUGGGGUGCAAAUGAGCAAAAUAAAUAACAAUAUGGGGAUGAGGUAGUUGAGUGGGCUAAUUUCAGAAGGGCUGUGUACAGGUGCAGUGAUCGGUAAGGUGCUCUGACAACUGAUGCUUAAAGUUAGUGAGGGAGAUAAGUCUCCAGCUUCAGAGAUUUUUGCAGUUCGUUCCAGUCAUUGGCAGCAGAGAACUGGAAGGAAUGGCGGCCAAAGGAGAUGUUGGCUUUGGGGAUGACCAGUGAGAUAUACCUGCUGGAGCGCAUACUACGGGUGGGUGUUGCUAUGGUGACCAAUGAGCUAAGAUAAGGCGGAGAUUUGCCUAGCAGUGAUUUAUAGAUGGCCUGGAGCCAGUGGGUUUGGCGACUAAUAUGUAGUGAGGACCAGCCAACAAGAGCGUACAGAUCACAGUGGUGGGUAGUAUAUGGGGCUUUGGUGACAAAACGGAUGGCACUGUGAUAGACUACAUCCAAUUUGCUGAGUAGAGUGUUGGAGGCUAUUUUGUAAAUGACAUCGCCGAAGUCAAGGAUCGGUAGGAUAGUCAGUUUUACAAGGGCAUGUUUGGCAGCAUGAGUGAAGGAGGCUUUGUUGUGAAAUAGGAAGCCGAUUCUAGAUUUAACUUUGGAUUGGAGAUGCUUAAUGUGAGUCUGGAAGGAGAGUUUACAGUCUAACCAGACACUUAGGUAUUUGUAGUUGUCCACAUACUCUAGGUCAGACCCGUCGAGAGUAGUGAUUCUAGUCGGGUGGGCGGGUGCCAGCAGCGUUCGAUUGAAGAGCAUGCAUUUAGUUUUACUAGUGUUUAAGAGCAGUUGGAGGCUAUGGAAGGAAUGUUGUGUGGCAUUGAAGCACGUUUGGAGGUUUGUUAACACAGUGUCCAAUGAAGGGCCAGAUGUAUACAAAAUGGUGUCGUCUGCGUAGAGGUGGAUCUGAGAGUCACCAGCAGCAAGAGCGACAUCAUUGAUAUACACAGAGAAAUUGUGGAUUUUGACAUGUGUAAUUCAUUGGCUACUGGCUACUUACAUUUUUGUUGUGUAAUGUUCCAUGAUACCCCUUUUUCUCCCCAAUUUUGUGAUAUCCAAUUGGUAGUUACAGUCUUGUCCCAUCGCUGCAACUCCUGUAUGGAUUCGGGAGAGGCGAAGGUCAAGAGCAAUGCGGCUUUCUUGACACACUGCUCGCUUAACCCGGAAGCCAGCCGCACCAAUGUGUCGGAGGAAACACUGUACAACUGGCGACCGUGUCAGCGUUCAUGCGCCCGGCCUGCCACAGGAGUCGCUAGAGUGCGAUGGGACAAGGACAUCCCGGCCGGCCAAACCCUCCCCUAACCCGGACGACGCUGGGCCAAUUGUAUGCCGCCUCAUGGGUCUCCCGGUCGCGGCCGGCUGCAACACAGCCCGGGAUCGAAUCCGGGUCUGUAGUGACGCCUCAACCACUGCGAUGCAGUGCCUUAGACCGCUGCGCCACUCAGGAGGCCCUACAUGUAAUAUUUGAUGUAGAAACUACUCCCUAACCCUGAGCCUGUGUGUGUUUGCUGCGUGUCUGCAUGCGCGUGUACAUCCAUGUUUGUGUGUGUCCUAUAGGAGAACCACUGUCUGAGGAUAAAGAUCCUUGGGGACUGCUACUACUGUGUGUCUGGACUGCCUGAGCCCAGGGCCGACCAUGCACAUUGCUGUGUGGAGAUGGGAGUGGACAUGAUAGAGGCCAUCUCGUGAGUCAUGACAUGAGCACACGUGCACUCACACACAUACACACACACACAAAUAUGCAUAGGUGCACGCAUAGACACAUGCACACACAGGCGCUUGCGCACACACACACACACGGACAGGCAAACACGGGCGGGCACACACACUAAUGAAUAACCUAUGUCUUUGAAUUAGUAAGAAGCACAUUUUGGCUUGUCUAGAAUCUAUCGUAACAGGUGGUUUUUGGUGGGUGUGUCUGUGCGAGCGUCUGUGUGUCUAACUGUGUGUGUGUCUCCCUGCAGGCUGGUGAGAGAGGUCACAGGGGUCAAUGUGAACAUGCGUGUGGGUAUCCAUAGCGGCAGGGUCCACUGUGGGGUGCUGGGACUCAGGAAGUGGCAGUUUGACGUGUGGUCCAACGACGUCACUCUAGCCAAUCACAUGGAGGCAGGGGGUGCGGCAGGGUAAGCCCCUCCCACUACCAACACACCAUGGAAAACUCCCAUAGCGUUGCACUUGAUCUACUCCUAACCAUUUAGUUGAGCAUGCAAGUUCAAGUUCAAACCUUUAUUGUCCAUUUUUUUGUAAAAAUAGAAAUGUGUCUUUGGGUUACGGGCAUAUGGCUCAGACACAUCACAAUUAAACACAAAUAUAGGAUAAAAACACGAUUGAUAACACAAUAAAUACAACUAGAUGUGGGGCAUCAUAAUAAAGUGUUAGGAUUGAUUACACUCUUGCUGGUAUUGCAGUCCUCGAUUCAAAAUCGAAAACUGUGUCAAUGUGACUCCUGUGUGUGUGUGUGUGUGUGUGUGUGUGUGUGUGUGUGUGUGUGUGUGUGUGUGUGUGUGUGUGUUACUAGGCGUAUCCACAUCACCAAGGCCACCCUACAGUACCUGAAUGGGGACUAUGAGGUCGAGCCGGGGUUCGGAGGGGACAGGAAUGCCUAUCUGAAGGAGAACAACAUUGAGACAUUCCUGGUGCUGGGGUGCAGCCAGAAAAGGGUCUAUAGUUUAUUUAACGAGUUAAAUCAAUCGUUUUUCAUUUAUACUAGGAAAAAGAAGAAUAGUUUAUUGUCCACUGUCAGUUUCCGAUCACAUAAAUUCUUCAUUGCCUUUAGUUAUCCAUUUAUUCAUUGAUUUCCUCUUUUUAAGGGUUUCUCCUAGAUGGCACUUAUCAUUAAUUAUUAAUUGUAUUAUCAAAAAGAAUGUGUAUUGUUCAAAAUCUCUGUCUGAAUCUAUGUUGGUAAUAGUAUAGCAUAAUUUUUUUUUUUUAAGUACUGUAUAACAACAUUCAGAUGUCCAGUGUGAAUAAGGUCCGUUGGUGAGGUAAUUUCCCUCCCUGCAGAAAGAGGAGAAGGUAGCGAUGGCCAAGAGUGCCAUGAUGCAGCGGGUACGUGCCAACUCCACUGAGGGCCUGAUGCCACGCUGGGUACCCGACACAAGGUUCUCCAGGACCAAGGACUCCAAGGUCUUCAGACAGAUGGUGAGAAACUGAUGACCUGAAAUGGUCUGAGAGCAAAUUAUUGCUCUAUAUAGCUAGGAUUCUAUCCAAUUAAGCGACAGAUUUUCAUGCAAAUAUUAAAAAAUCCACAUAAAGAAAAUAUGUGCAUUUUCCCACCAGUGGUGUUUCCACCAAACUGAAUCAGUGUGUGAUGACGUAGUGCACACAAAAUGUACUUUUUGGCUUAAGUUGACAUGUACCGAAUAAAAAUCUAAAGUUAAUUGUGUUUCCAUCGCAUUUUCAACUCUACCGAUAGUUUUGUCACAAAAACUGUUGCGUUAAAUAGUAAAUGUGCUUACUCUGGUCUUGGUAUGUGCACUCUUGCCAACAGCUCGCAGAUAGUGUGGGUAGGCUGUGCUGGUAGGUUAGUCUACAUGAUGACAUUAUUAUGGAUAAGAGAGAGAAUAUUUUUAUUUGUCAAACCAGAAUAAGACCGUCAACAUUUAUUGGAAAGGAGCAUCAAGAUCACUGUGCACUUUCACCACCCUGUGAAGUUAAUCAUAACUUAUUUCAUCUGUAGCCUAAUAAACUGCAUGGUUUCCCGAGUUUUAGUGGGAGGACCACACACCUUAUCAUCACUUGACUCCAAGUUUACUUCGAUAUGAUGGUUAUUAUACAAAUAUUUGGGCAUAAAGGCGUUCCCACCCCAAUUUUUCCGCAGAAUUAAUUGUAUCGACACAAAAAGAUCCUACCAUGUCGAACGAACAAAUGAUCUGUCGGCAUUUAUAAAAUUGUACCAAAACUUCCUGUUUCCAUCACAGCUGUUUUAUACGGUAUGACUUCACUCACAUACAAAUUGUGGAUGGAAACAUGGUUCAUGUUUUUGUCUAGCAACCUAAGCUUUAAUCAUGUGCGUAAUACAAGCCUCAAGCCUCUAAAACAGCCAAUGGAAAACAGAGAUCGAUCAGUAUAGAUCCAACACCAUCACAACAAGUGGGAGUUAGUUACACAGCCCUACUGUGGUUAAAGGGGUAAUCCACCGUUUUUUUUGACGUAUAAAUUAAUUAUAUAUACGCAUUUCUUCUUGAAUAAUAUAACUUAGAAAUGCCUCAUGAGCUUAGUUCAACUUUCAUACUCAUCAUAACCCAAAAUAUAAGCUUGUUUUACCCCAAUGUUUGUAAACAAAUUAAAUGUAAACAAACAUUGUAUAGCCUCGAAAUAUGCAUAAAACUAUAAUGUUGAUAUAGCUCUGUCUAUGAAUUUAUGUGGUUACAUUUCUCCAGGCCAAUCCCUCAGCUUUUUACCAAAACAGAGGCAGAUUGCCCCUUUAAUGUUCAGCCAACACCCAAUGGAAGUUAGUGGCCAGCGGCAGACAGCUAGUCUAACACUUGUUAUUGACUGAUAUGAUUCACAACAACAAUACUUCAGAUCUGAUCAGUCUAGCAGGGCUGCAUCUCCAUUAUCCUUUCUCCUCUCUUCCUGUUCUCAACCUCUCUCCAUUCCCCUCUUUCCUCACGCCCACACGGCACGGUCGUCGCGCGGCCGCGCUCCGCGGCGCCCGCGCGAGGCGAACCCGCGCGCCAAACGGACGGCCCGGCCGCCCGGGCAACAAGGGCAGGGGGGCCUCACGCGCCGGCCUCCGGCCGCAGGACCCCGGCCACGCGAGCGAAGCACCACGGCCCCGCCCAGCGAGCGCGCCGGCAACGAGCGCGAAACUCCUUCCCCUUCUCAUCAACCUCACCCCUUCCCCUCCCAUCGCUCCUCCUUCUCACUCUCCCGCAUGACCUCCCGUCCCCGCGAUUCAUACACUUCCCUCCCCUCCCUCUUUCCUCUCCUUCUCCUCUCCUUCUCAUUACCUCCCUUCCCCUCUCUCUCCUCACCCCUUCCCCUCCCAUCUUCUCCUCUCUUUCUCCUCUUCUUCUCAUUACCUCCCUUCCACUCUUUCCUUCUCCCUCCUCUCCUCUUUUCCCCUCUCUCUCUCUUCUUUUCUGAGGGGUAUUGCCCAGGGGGAGAAGGGUGUCAUUUUAAUCCUCACAGCAUUAAUUAAAACAUCAGUCUGGCUCCCAGGGAUUAACUGUGCAGAUGUCUAAGUCUGGCAGUAUGUGUUUUUCACUGGCUUGGUUACACUGUGGUUUUCACUGACUACGUGUCUAAAACAUCUCUCUCUGUUAUCCAUUCUUCUCUCUCUCCUCUCUCAUGCUCUCUCUUUCUUUCUCUCUCUCUCAUCCAUUUUUCUCCCUCUCUCCCUCCCCCUCGCUCUCUCUCUGUCUUUCUGUCACUUUUCCCAGGGUAUCGAUGAAACAUCCAGACAAGACAAGUGAGUCUUAUUUUGGCCCAGUAGUUGUUAUCGGGUUACUGUGUGUGUACUCUGUGUGUGUUGUUGUAGACAUUGGCCAGUUCAUGUGUGUGUACUCUGUCUGUGUGUGUACUCUGUCUGUGUGUGUGUGUGUGUGUGUAAUGUAGUAGUGUAUGCAUUGGCCCAUUGGGGACUGAUUGGCACACUGUUAGUUAUUGUUGGAGCUAAGUUUAGAGCAGACUGUUGGUUUUAGAGGGUCAGUCCAGCACUAAUUCCCUAUUGGCUCUUAAUCACUGCCUGUCACAGAGGCAGACCUGGGUUCAAAUAGUGUUUGUUUUCUUUCAAUAAAACGCUUGAUUGAGCAUGCCUGGGAUGGAAUGGAAUAGUCUCAAAAGUGUAAAGUCUGCACAUCUGUAAACAGGCUAAGAAUUCAAAUACUGUUUGAUUUGUGCCAUCUCCAUGACCCUGUUUGUUGUCCUUGUCUGUCUGUCUCUGUGACCCUGUCUGUUGUCCUUGUCUGUCUGUCUCUGUGACCCUGUUUGUUGUCCUGUCUGUCUGUUUGUAGCCGCUGUGCCCAAGAGGCCUUGAACCCUGAGGAUGAGGUGGAUGAGUUUCUGGGCCGAGCCAUCGACGCCCGCAGCAUAGACCAACUCCGUAAAGAUCACGUCAAGAAGUUCCUCCUCACCUUCCAGACUAAAGAGUUAGAGAAGAAGGUCAGAGGAGAAAUGCUAACACUGUUUAAAUUCAGUAUGAUGCGUUGUGAUUUGUUGAUUGAUUAAAUGAUUCAUUGAUUGGUUGAUUUGACUAUUAAAAUACAUAUAAACCCACUCCAGACCAGGAGACAACAUUACAUGCAUAAAAAAUGCUCAAGAAAGCACAAUAAAGCCUGAAGGAUUUUUUUCCAUUGUGGUCCUCCUCAUUGUGUUAACAGCUUGCUGCUGUAGCUAAUAGUUACACAACAGCUAAUUGUAUUAUUCCUUCUCCCGAUUAUGUUUUCAGUACUCUAAGAAGGUGGAUGAUCGUUUUGGAGGCUACGUGGCCUGUGGUCUGUUAGUCUUCUGCUUUAUCUGUUUCAUCCAGAUCAUCAUCUUCCCACAGUAAGUCAAUAUCUUUAAUCAUACCUAACCUCUCUUCUCAUUGUUUUUUAAUAUACACUACCGUUCAAAAGUUUGGGGUCACUUAGAAAUGUCCUUGUUUUCGAAAGAAAAGCAAUGUUUUUGCCCAUUAAAAUAACAUCAAAUUGAUCAGAAAUACAGUGUAGACAUUGUAAAUGGCUAUUGUAGCUGGAAAUGGCUGAUUUGUUAUGGAAUAUCUACAUAGGUGUACAGAGGCCCAUUAUCAGCAACCAUCAGUCCUGUGUUCCAAUGGCACGUUGUGUUUGCUAAUCCAAGUUGAUCAUUUUAAAAGGCUAAUUGAUCAUUAGAAAACCCUUUUGCAAUUAUGUUAGCACAGCUGAAAACUGUUGUGCUGAUUAAAGAAGCAAUAAAACUGGCCUUCUUGAGACUAGUUGAGUAUCUUCAGCAUCAGCAAUUGUGGGUUCGAUUACAGGCUCCUUAAUGACCAGAAACAAAUAACUUUCUUCUGAAACUCGUCAGUCUAUUCUUGUUCUGAGAAAUGAAGGCUAUUCCAUGCGAGAAAUUGCCAAGAAACUGAAGAUCUUGUACAACGCUGUGUACUACUCCCUUCACAGAACAGCGCAUACUGGCUCUAACCAGAAUAGAAAGAGGAGUGGGAGGCCCCGGUGCACAACUGAGCAAGAGGACAAAUACAUUAGAGUGUCUAGUUUAAGAAACAGGCGCCUCACAGGUCCUCAACUGGCAGCUUAAUUAAAUAGUACCCGCAAAACACCAGUCUCAACGUCAACAGUGAAGAGGCGACUCCGGGAUGCUGACCUUCUAGGCAGAGUUGCAAAGAAAAAGCCAUAUCUCAGACUGGCCAAUAAAAAUAAAAGAUUAAGAUGGGCAGUCUGAGAUAUGGUUUUUUCUUUGCAACUCUGCCUAGAAGAUCAGCAUCCCGGAGUCGCCUCUUCACUGUUGAUGUUGAGACUGGUGUUUUGCAUGUACUAUUUAAUGAAGCUGCCAGUUGAGGACCUGUUAUUUUAAUGGACAAAAAAAUUGCUUUUCUUUCGAAAACAAGGACAUUUCUAAGUGACCCCAAACUUUUGAACGGAAGUAUAUAUUUUAUUUUGUAUUUAUUUAUUAACCUUUCUAAUUGUAACUGCAUGGAACUAAACUAGAUUGCUGGUUAGUCUGGUUGAACCGCUACGGGGUAGCCUACUCGAAGGACCAAAUAAGGGACAGCCUUUUUAACAGUAUUAAACCUAUCAAAGAAAAUGUACUGAAUUUAUGUAGUAAUGUACUGAAUAGUAGCCUAUGGUAAAUUGAAUUUGGUGCAGUAUGGGACUUCCGGUAAGAUGUACUUCUUCUUCUCCGCAGCACUCCUCUCAUGCUGGGUCUCUACAUCAGCAUCUUCAUCAUCCUUGUCAACAUCCUCUUCAUCUGUGCCAUCUACUCCUGCAUCAAGGUAAGGGACAAGGGACACCAUUUUCUAAUCACCCUUUCAUAACGAUGUAGGCAAAAGUUGGCAUUUGUUAUGAUGAUGCAUUAUAUUCUUCAAGAAUCCAUGGGUAAAUAGAAUUGAAAUGACCAUUAAAUAUAUUCCCAGAUCCCAGACUGUAUCUUGUAAUCUAAGAGGAGGACUAAGAUAAAUUAUUCUCUUUCUUUCUUUCUCUUUCUCGCUGCCCCCCACCCUCCUCCCAGCUCUUCCCAGCUGCCUUGCAGACGGUGACUAAGAAGAUAGUCCAGUCUCGUACCAAUAGUACCCUGGUGGGGGUCCUCACCAUCAUACUCCUCUUCAUGUCUGCCUUCAUUAACAUGGUAGGGACCACUAUUUGCUUUCCCCUUCAUGUACAAUGACAGUGCAGUUAAAAUUGCAGGUAAUAAAAUGUUUGCUUUUUAAACGUUGUACAGUACCGUGGCAUAGGUUUUUGUGACAAGCUAUCAGUAGAAGAUGAUAGAGCGCCGUGUUGCACACACAUUGUGAAUAACUCUCCCAAUAGUGCCUGCAACGGUAGUAGUUCAGUUUGACACCUGUGUGUUGGUUUCUCUGUUGGUUGACAUGUGUAUCUCUCUCUUUAGUUUACCUGUGACAGAGAGGGCCUGGUGGACUGUGUGAUGCGUGAGCGUAACCUGUCCUCCAGUCUGGUGACUCUGUGUCUACUACACAACCUGACACAGUCAGCACAGGACGGACUGACCCUGUGCCCCAGCCAGCUCACACCAUGCCACUUCCCUGAGGUGAGCCCAGCAGGGACGCUAGUGUGUGGUGUGGGUGCGGUGUGAAUACCGUCUGUAUGUAAUAACAUUGUUAUAACUAACUAUACCUCUUCCCCCCGUCCUCCAGUAUUUCUGUUACAGUGUUCUCCUGACCCUGCUGGCCUGCAGUGUGUUCCUCCACAUCAGUAGUAUAGGCAAGCUCGCCCUGAUGGUGCUGAUCCAGGUUACCUUCCUGCUGCUGGUGGAGUGGCCCCAGGUGGCCCUGUUCGACAACGCAGACCUGCUGCUCACCGCCAACACCCUGUGAGUUAACACACACACACACCCUGUGAGUCACUGACUGUAGCCUACUGUUCGCCCACCUCAUAGUAUUUGUUCAAGUCGUACUUGUUUUCGUUCAAAUACUUAAGCUGCACUAGUUGAUAAAGUUGGGUGGAAUAGCAAACCCUGACCAUAUGGUACUCAAGGCAGGUUGAAUCACAUUGCAGUCCACAUUACAAGCUCAAGAGCGCAAAUAUACAAUUCUAGUCAAUGUGCACUUGUGUCUACCUUUGUGGUGUGCAAAGCACAAAUGUCUUGUCAAGUGUUGAAGGUAUUUAAUCAUUUUGUGUUUUGUUUUUGCCCUUAGCUCUUUCACACCAUUGAAUGACUCUCUAGAUUGGUUUCCUAGUUUCAAUGAAACAGUUACAGAGACAUGGUAAGUUCAUUGUUAUCUUUUGUUCUUCUCUAUUAGUAUUUUGGUCAAUGCACUGUUACCAUGUCCAUGUUAGUGUGCAUGUCCACUCUUAGACUGAGUCUAUUCUCCCCCUGUCUCCCCUCAGCCAGGAGUGUGAUUGAUUGAUUAGAGUGGCGAUUCAUGCCCAUCAAGAUUAGGGAGACCAAUUUUUAUUUCAUGAGCAUGGCAUAUUGGAUGACUGUCAUUCAUAUUCCAUUCACCCAGCUCAGUGUAACAUCGAUAGGUUUAGGUUACUAUGUGAUACUAAAAGUUGCCCUACAGUAUACCUACCCAUCAUGAGGUUGCUACAACCUAGCCUAAAAAUGAAAGUUUGUAACGUAGGUGCAGAGGUCGAGAGACAAAUUGGAGAAAUCAAGGUGACAGACAGUGACACAAACAAUACCGCCUUGCACACUCUUGCCUGCAUCUAGCUGAUCUGGGGUGUAAUUAUUAGUCCAAACAGUUGCAAAACAUUCAAUUUUGCAACUAAAACAAGAGAUUCUAUUGGAAAAAUUCAGGUAGGUCUGUUUAAUUAAGAAACGUUUUGCAACAGAAUCGGCGGAAUGAAUACACCCCUGAUCACCCGCAAACACAGUUCACUUUCAUAGCAGCCACAUACAGAAUCAUCGUUUUGCUCGUUGUAUAAUUCAUUCUCGCAUCUACGCGCUCUCCUUCUCUAACUUUUCCCUCAAUAAGCUCUCCAAGCCAAACCUUUAUACCAUAAGGUUACUGCUACAGCCUACAUCAUUUUCACCAUAUUAACAUCAUAGUCAACAAACUAGAACUAACGUGUUAGUAAACCCACAAGCCAAUCCAUGUGUAAAAUCAUGCAGUACAGUUUGUAGCACAAGCAGUUUAGCAGUUAAACCGGCAGGCCCCGGUGGCAAUACAUUUAUAAAACUGAAAGCUUACCUUGACUUGUAAGAGUUGUGGUGUUGGAUAGGCUUAGCCAGCUAGCUAACAUAAACAGCAUUCCUCUCUGUUUGAGUCAGGUUGUUGAGUAGGCUAAAUCAUCUGCAUUAGCUACGUAAGUGAAAGGUAAACUAAGAAGAAAGAAAAUACGAAAUAUAGCUAGCUCUCUCUCUCUGCUGCUUCUCCUUAAUUUUUUAAGAAACUAAUUAAAAAACUUUAAGUAUUUUCUUUCUCUCUUUUUGUGUCAAGUACUCACCACAUUUUAUGCACUGCAGUGCUAGCUAGCUGUAGUUUACCAGUAUGCUUUCAGUACUAGAUUUAUUCUCUGAUCCUUUGAUUGGAUGGACAAGAUGUUAGUUCAUACUGCAAGAGAUAUUAUAGGUUGGAGGACGUCCUCCAGAAGUUGUCAUAAUUACUGUGUAAGUAUAUGGAACCAUGAGCCUCCUAGGUUUUGUAUUGAAGUCAAUGUACCCAGAGGAGGACGGAAAAUAGCUUUUCUUAAUGUUUCACUAUUUGUAUUUUUCUGAAAAUGGUCCUCCCCUUCAUCCUCUGAGGAGCCUCCAUUGAUUGAUUGCUUGAUUCAUUGCUUGAUUGAUUGAUUGGUUGUAGUCCUGUCUCCCUCCCCCCAGCCAGGAGAGUGUGACCAAGGUGUCUCUAAAGGUCAUGACCCCUGUCAUCCUGACGGUGUUCGUCCUGGCUCUGUACCUACACGCUCAGCAGGUUGAGUCCACUGCACGCCUCGACUUCCUGUGGAAGCUGCAGGUAGGACCUGGUGCCACACACAUACACACUCACUAAGGGUGUGAACGUUUAAAUUGGGAUCCUUAACGUUAAGAAAAAUCCCUAACUGAAAAAACAUAUUUUUUUGUUUUCCCCCUCACAAAAUUAAAAUCACAGUGCAGUUAUCACAAAACAUAUUAAUUAGAUGAUAGGCUAUAAACGCCUGGAGAAAGUUUUGUAAUUUAAAUAAAACCAGAGAGGGAGAGGCGAAAUGUAGGUUACUUUGGUGAAUUUGCAAGGCAUGCAAGACGAGAUACAGAUACCAAGACCUAUGCACUCCAUGUUUCUUCCUGCCACAUUAAUUAUCCUAACCUGCCACGUUAAUUAUCCUAACCUGCUGCAUAAGUUCUCCUAACCUGCUACGAAAAGUCACUUCUGCUAGUCAAAACCAGCAGACCUGCACUUAGAACAGUCUUGGUUCCCACUAAUGCUAAUGGUGCGAGUGUGUAUUCAGUCUUCGGUCUGUUGCGUGUAAAAUAUCAUAACUUCUUCAUUGAUGAUAGGCCCUGCUUUACUGAAGUUGCGAGACAUUGCAAGCCAAGAAAUUGCGAGGUACACCUUUUUAUUGCCGAUAGAUAGGCCUAGUGCACAGUUCUGACUCUGUCUGCCUGGUGGCUGACCUGUCUAUACUGUGCCCCUCCCCUCUCUCUCCCUGUCCCUCGCUAGCUCGCUAUGAAAGACACAAGUGUUUGUGUUCUCUGAAAUACGGCAACUAAUCAGUCUCCUCUGUUUCAAAAAUACUGAAUCUUGACACUUAGAAAUGGGGUUGACGUGCAAGGAAUCAAUUAUUUUGGAAAGUCGACUCCACCACUAUGUCAUCGUCAUUAACAGUUGGAAAAACGUCAGAGAAAGGCAAGCGACAGCAGCAAAGUCCUGUAUGGCAAAACUUUGAGAAGUUAAAUGAGAAGGAAAUGCUAACUUUGCGAGGUGGAAUUGAGGUACAGUAAUGGUAGUACAGGUGCAAUGCUUAGCCAUCUGAAAGGCACGCACAGUGAGACCAAACCGUUGCUGGCAGAAGCGCAGCUGCAUUUUGAAUUCACGUGGCAUUUUAUGCAUUUUCUUAUCAUUUUAACGGAAAAACAAUAAAAUAAAUAGCUGUUUAAACAUUUAAAAAUAAUCAGAUUUUUUCACAUCACUCACACACACACAUGCAUGCCUCGAGUUCCUGUGGAAGCUAGGUAGGACCUGGCCCCCCCCUCCCCCUCCCCCCACACAUACACAUCCAGCAGGUGGAGUUCACAUGCCUCGGUUUCUGUAUCUGGUGACAUCACUCAGCAGACCUCAGUCUUUGUCUGUUGAUAAAGUGGUUGCAGCAGAGUGACUUUAAUCCCGACUCUGGUCUACGUUCAGUGGAAUACUAAACACCAAUCAGCAUUUUGAGUUCCUCUCAAUACCUAUAGACAGACAGCGAUGAGGUUGACCUAUUAAUCAUUUUGUCACUUUCUCAUCCCUUUUAACAAACUGUUUCCCCAUUCCCCUGUGUCUGUUCCCUCCAGGCUACAGAGGAGAAAGAGGAGAUGGAGGAGCUUCAGGCCUACAACCGCCGCCUCCUCCACAACAUCCUGCCUAAAGACGUGGCCGCCCACUUCCUGGCGCGGGAACGGCGUAACGACGAGCUCUACUACCAGUCCUGUGAGUGUGUGGCUGUCAUGUUCGCCUCCAUCUCCAACUUCUCUGAGUUCUACGUGGAGCUGGAGGCCAACAACGAGGGAGUGGAGUGUCUCAGGCUGCUCAACGAGAUCAUCGCAGAUUUUGACGAGGUGAGAGAGAAUAACCUGUAUAAAUAAAGGGAAAGGUGGGGGAGGGAGGAGAGGAGAGGAGGAAAGGGGGAAUGGGGGAGGGAGGAGAGACAACGAGGGGAUGGAGUCUUUGAGAUUACCGAACAAGAUCAUCGCAGACUUUUACGAGGUGGGAGGGGGGAGGAGAAGGAGAUAGGAGGAGGUGGGAGGGGAGAAAUGGGUGCAGAGGUAGGAUGUAGAUCGCAAAGGCUGUGGUCUGGAAUAAAAUCCACAAAGUCACCAGGAGAGAAAGAAUAGCGAUUGAUGUAGCUGAGUACAUUUUGGGUAACUUGUACCUAAUUUUAAACAUUCUGUCCCAAAACAAUUUGUGACGGGAAUGGAAGCUUGUUGUGUGCAACAGGGAGUGGCAAUUGUAUGCAAGCUUCACCAAAAAUGCCUAUCUAGGGCUGUCCCCGACAAAAAAAAAUCUUGGUAAACCGAAAGUCAUGUUCAAUUGGUCAACAUUUUUACAUGUGUAUCUUUGCAUAUAUAUACCCAGCCUAUGUGUUUUAAUCAAAUCAACUAUAUGCAUUGAGCUUACGGUUUGAUGAAAUAAGACAACUGCCUCAAGAGGGCGCCAGAGAUCUAGACCUGACUCAACUAUUCUCCUGCUGGCUUUCGCAGAUUCUGCCACUACGCUCCUGAAGUUGCCGGUAAUAGGCUACAUGAGGAGUCGCCAACCUUUCUCAUGUGAAAUGCCAAUUUAUCUUACCAUUUCUACUGCUCUGCAUGCCACUUAUGGUUUUCAUAUGCACAUUUUCGUUUAACAGUUUAAUUUAAUUUAUAAUAACGUCUUCAUAUCUCAAAAUAUUGUCAUGUGGUUAAUCAAAAUUCUAUCCCAAUCUAAAUGAAAAUGAUACAAACCUAAAAUGUAACUUCUAUUGCCAUUGCCAACUAUGUAAAAAUAGCCUACAUAAAUCCAACAAAUAAAAACAUUGCAGCCUGCAGGUAGAAAAUGUUCUGAUUUAAAAAUAAAUAUCCUAUAAAUCAAAUUGGCUACACAUGGCCUGUCUGCAACGAACUUGAAACGUUGUAUCAACUAUUAACUUGGGUCAGGCCCCUAGCGAACUUGCAACAUUGAAUAAAAUAUUCUGGGAGCUCAGAGUUUCCCGUGUAGGCUAUUUGCGCAAGGGAUAAGAAGCAGUGCUUGACUUGGGCAGGAGCUCACCAGAGCUGAGUACCGGCACCUCAACUUUUCUACUGCUCGAGCUCCUGUUCCUAUUGAUUAUAGAAUAUUAGCUCAAAAAUAUUGUGGAGCUCCUGCACCUAAAUAUGAACAGUACCAGCACCCAACAUGAGUACCGGAACCUAUUUCAGUCCAAGUCAAGCACUGAUAAGAGGUAAUCAGCAUGACAUUUUUCCCUUUCACGCUGAGUGGUUAUCAAAAGGGAGAGAGCUGGAAAGAUUUUUCAAAUUCAUUGAGGAACUAUUGUAAUUCUCAAUGGAUGUAAAAACAGACUUUGUUUGCUUGCUGUUUGAGGUAAAGAAAACUUUGAGAAGCUCCACAGGUCAUUAGUGGUGGUACCUUAAGCAAUAACAAAUACAGUCAGAUCCCCAAAUGGGCACAUUUAUAUGCCUACAUUUACAUGCAGGCCAGGUAGCCUAUAAGACUACUUCUAUGCGUGCGCAUCCUAACUCAACAUUGACAGGCGCGCACCAAACAAAAGACAAUUACUAAAUUGACCAAACUUGUUUCUCACAAGUGUAGCAUAGGUUGUGCACUCUGCAAACAUUGUGUCUACUCCGACAAUGAUAACUGGAAUAAUGAUAUUGAAUGCAUUAACAUAAAUUACCAUAACCAAAGUAACAAACAUUGUAGAUUAGAAAUUAUAGGAAUUAACGGUAAAUGUACUACUGGUGAUAUAUUUAAUGGGGAAUUGAUAUACACUUAAAAUCAUACGCAAACAAUUCACACAAUUAAGUUAUAAAAAAAUGUACACUACCGUUCAGAAGUUUGGGGUCACUUAGAAAUGUCAUUGUUUUCGAUAGAAAAGCAAUUUUUUUGUCCAUUAAAAUAACAUCAAAUUGAUCAGAAAUACAGUGUAGACAUUGUUAAUGUUGUAAAUGGCUAUUGUAGCUGGAAAUGGCUGAUUUGUUUUAUGGAACAUAGGCGUACAGAGGCCCAUUAUCAGCAACCAUCUGUCCUGUGUUCCAAUGGCACGUUGUGUUUGCUAAUCCAAGUUUAUAAUUUUAAAAGGCUAAUUGAUCAUUAGAAAACCCUUUUGCAAUUAUGUUAGCACAGCUGAAAACUGUUGUGCUGAUUAAAGAAGCAAUAAAACUGGCCUUCUUGAGACUAGUUGAGUAUCUGGAGCAUCAGCAAUUGUGGGUCGAUUACAGGCUCAAAAUGGCCAGAAACAAAUAACUUUCUUCUGAAACUCGUCAGUCUAUUCUUGUUCUGAGAAAUUAAUGCUAUUCCAUGCGAGAAAUUGCCAAGAAACUGAAGAUCUCGUACAACGCUGUGUACUACUCCCUUCACAGAACAGCGCAAACUGGCUCUAAACAGAAUAGAAAGAGGAGUGGGAGGCCCCGGUGCACAACUGAGCAAGAGGACAAAUACAUUAGAGUGUCUAGUUUGACAAACAGACGCCUCACAGGUCCUCAACUGGCAGCUUCAUUAAAUAGUACCCGCAAAACACCAGUCUCAACGUUUGUUAUUGUGUGCGUUUUUAGGCACUGUUGUUUGUAACUCCCUCCCUUUUUCCUUUGUCUACCCCCGACCGCCCAGAUCAUCAGUGAAGACAACUUCCGCCAGCUGGAAAAGAUAAAGACCAUUGGUAGUACCUACAUGGCUGCCUCUGGCCUCAACGACUCUACCUACGACCGUGAGGGACGAUCACACAUCCUGGCUCUGGCAGACUACGCUAUGAGACUUAGGGAACAGAUGAAGUACAUCAACGAACACUCCUUCAAUAACUUCCAGAUGAAGAUAGGUGAGUCCCUAGACCUAUGGUAGAGAUGGGGUUGGGAGUAGUAGUAUUAGGAGUAGGAGUAGCCAUGAGACUUAGGGAACAGAUGAAGUACAUCAACGAACGCUCCUUUAAUAACAUCCAGAUGAAGAUAGAUGAGUGGUAUUACAUGUGUGGCAAAGUGUCCCUUUGUAAAGACAACACAACGAGAAUAAGAAUCAAUCCUGGUCAGUGCUGCAGUAGUCUAUCAUUAGUUUACUAUUUGAAUCAGAUGUGUUGGAGUGGAACGAAAGCCGGCACGUUGCAGCCCUCUAGGACAAAAUUGAAUGGUUUACUUAUAGAUGGGUGAAGGGGUGCAAUGCAGGCAGGCAGGUUGACUGUGUCUUGUUUGCUCAUGCAGGUCUCAACAUGGGUCCGGUGGUGGCCGGGGUGAUCGGGGCCAAGAAGCCCCAGUAUGACAUCUGGGGGAACACUGUCAAUGUGGCCAGUCGUAUGGACAGCACCGGAGUCCCAGACUGCAUACAGGUAGAUACACCUACUUUGCCUGAUUUUAAGAAUUACUGUACAUAUCUUUGAUAUCCACUGUAUGUUAGAUAUGUCAUUGAGAGUCAUAUAACGUUCAACCAUUUUACACUUAUUUAAAUGCUAAAUUAAAUCUUGUCAAUGUAAUUAAUUGGAUGAUGGACAUAUGAUGACCUUGAACUCAAUAUAGCAAUAUACUGUAGAUUCAGUGUCCUCUAUGUUCAGUGCUGCCACCUACUGUAUAUAAAACCCUACUGCAGUACAGUAUUUUGCAACCAUUAGUUAAAAGGAACAAGAAUUGUAACCAGAUACCAAGUGUUCCACUUCAACUAUCGCUACACUUGCCAUUAUAUACUUUUCCUUCCACCAUGUAGUGCCUUGAUCAUCCUAGAAUAGAACAGAACAAAAUAGAAGAGGAUAGCUGCUGUGUAGCUGUGGCUGACAUUAUCUGUGGAGAGUCAAAUGACACAUGCACACACACGUGUCCUUGUGUUGUCUUUUCCCAGGUGACCACAGACCUGUACCAUGUCCUGGUAAACAAAGGCUACCAACUGGACCACAGAGGCCUGGUCAAGGUGAAGGGGAAGGGAGAGAUGACCACCUACUUCCUGACCAGUGGUCCCAAUGGUACCCAGGGCAGUUAA